AUGGAGAUAACACCGGAAUCCCUGAAAAUUAAAAUCAAGCAGCAAGGCGAAAUAAUUAGGACGCUAAAGGCGAAAAAUGCUGAACAAAGUGUGGUGGAUGCAGAAAUUGCCAUUCUUUUGGAUUUGCAAAAGCAACAAGCCUCUCUCGUCGGUGAAGAAAGUAACACCAAGGGUAAGAACAAGUUUACCCUGAAAACACCAAAGGCUGACGCAUUAUUAAAAAAACCACAGGGCACGCGCGAUUACAAUGAAAAAGAGAUGGCAAUUCGCGAAAAAAUAUUUUCUACGAUUGUCUCGGUUUUCAAGAAACACGGCGCUGUAACGAUCGACACACCAGUUUUCGAAUUGAAAGAAAUCCUUGCUGGAAAAUAUGGUGAAGAUAGUAAACUUAUUUACGAUCUCGAAGAUCAGGGGGGUGAAAAAUGUUCAUUACGUUAUGAUUUAACUGUUCCGUUCGCAAGGUUUUUGGCCAUGAAUGGAACUCAAUAUCCAAAUAUAAAGAGAUAUCAGAUUGCAAAGGUUUAUCGGAGAGAUCAGCCUGCCAUGACCAAGGGUCGCAUGCGAGAAUUUUAUCAAUGUGAUUUCGAUGUCGCGGGCGUCUUUGACCCAAUGAUCGCUGAUUCGGAGGUCGUGAAGAUUAUGUGUGAAUGCUUAACCGCGCUUGAUAUUGGUAAAUAUACAGUUAAGAUAAAUCAUCGUAAAAUUCUCGAUGGGAUUUUUCAAGUGUGCGGAGUUCCCGAAGAGAGAAUCAGGCCCAUCUCCUCUGCUGUCGACAAAUUAGAUAAGUUGCCAUGGGAGGAAGUUAGGAGAGAGAUGACCGAGGACAAGGGUUUGGAUCCCGAUGUUGCCGAUCGCAUAGGGGGAUAUGUUAAAUUAAAGGGUGAUCGAGAACUCUUAGAGGAACUCUUCCAAAAUCAAGAAUUAACCGCGAACAAAAGUGCAAAGUCCGGUUUGGACGACAUGGCACUUCUUUUCAAAUAUUUGGAAAUAUUUGGUGUGUUGGAUAAGAUAUCGUUUGAUCUUAGUCUUGCUAGAGGAUUGGAUUAUUAUACUGGAAUCAUUUAUGAGGCCGUCACGGAACAAUCCGGACCUCCGAAACUCGAGGAUGGCAUUCAAGUUACUCGAAAGUCCAAGAAAGAUUCAGAGGAUCUCGAUGAAUCAACAGUCGGGGUGGGUUCGAUUGCUGCUGGUGGUCGUUAUGAUAACCUGGUUGGGAUGUUUGCUAGUAGUAAAAAAGGCAACAUACCUUGUGUAGGUGUUUCCAUUGGGGUAGAAAGGGUUUUCUCUAUCUUGUUGCAAAAGGCUGCGCUUGAACAGGUUAAAGCGAAUGAAGUUGAAGUUUAUGUGAUAGCCGUCGCCGACGGAUUAUUGGAUGAUCGGAUGAAAAUAUGCGCCGAAUUAUGGGACGCUGAUAUAAAGGCCGAGUUUACGUACAAAAACAAACCGAAAUUACAACAUCAAUUUUCGGUAUGUGAUCGCGAACAAAUCCCUUUUGCGGUUAUUAUUGGUCGAGAUGAAUUGAAUCGCGGUGAAGUCAGGAUCAAGGAUAUGAGGUCUAAGGAACAGGGUGAAGGUGGCGGUAUCUCUGUGAAGCGCAAUGAAAUGAACUUUAGCUUACUACCGCCUUCAACGAUGGACCGAAUUGACAUGAGCCUUGACGAAAUCAUCAAGACCAAUAAAAAGAAGCCUAAACAGGGAAACAAGGGUAACGCUACCGGAAAUAAUGCAAAUACCAGCAAUGGCAAUUUAAAUAACAAUAAAAACAGAACGGGACCGAUCCGCGCAAGAUCCGCAGGGAAAAACUUGACUCGACAAAAAGCCAACCCAUAUCCGAAACCAAAAGCUACCAUUAAACCAGGAAAUCCUAACGGCGUUUGGCGUCACGAUCUUUUUCCCACACUCCUUUCUGGCGGUCAAACAAGGAAUCCCGGUCAAGCUAACGGAAGUUUGUCCAUUCAACAACGUCUGGGUACUGGCAAACUUGCUUCUGGUAGCGGGGUUGCUGGUAGGCUAUCAAUAAAGGGCGUUGCUGGUGGUAAGCAAGCCGAAUUUUCGUUCAAAGGGGAGGGCGGCCCUGCCACCAUUAUCAUCAGUAACCUAGCACCUGGUACGAGUGCCAAUGACAUUAAAACCGCGUUCAUGGAAUUUGGAGAUAUUUCGACGGUGGACAUGAAAGAAGAUAGAUUUGCCAAGGGGGCACCCGCUAAAGCCGAGUUAACAUUUGAAAGCAAAGCAUCUGCUCUUGCUGCGAUAAACAAAUACAACACAGCUCUUGUUGAUGGUCGUGUGCUCAAAGUUCAACUGAAACAGCCCGGAGGCAACAUAAAUACCGGUGUUGCUUCUUAUCGAGUGAAAAACAAAGUCAACAGGCCGCAGGUCUCGACCGCUGCUGUACCGUAA